UCAGUUCCAUUGCAAACUUCUGUGAGGGAAGAGGCAAAAUGCAAAGCUUUUUAUAGUUAUUUGCCGUCCAUUCAUUCGUACAGUAUGGGUGGUUUGAGGGAAAUAGGUCUAGUGGGCGCUACUUUGGCUCUCACUGGUGGGCUGGUCUACAUAAUUUGGAAUUUAUUGUCUGCUCCAGAGAAGAAGAAGCCAAAGAACGAUGAACCCCCUCCUCAGAAGGAAGAGAAAAUUCAAGAAGUAAAGGCAGAAGUAACAGCUGAAGCCCCGGUCCAGGCACCAGUAGCCUCAGAGACGCCACCUCCGGUGACUCCGGCUAAACCGAAGGGCACGGCGGUGCUUACGCUGGGCCUGGAGGGAGCGGGCAAAACGAGCGUGCUCCACUGCUUCGCCACCGGGGUGCUGGAGCAGGACGUCACCCCCACCGGGGGCCUGAACGCCGUCUCCAUCAGCAAAGAGGACCUGCAGAUCGAGUUCCUGGAGAUUGGAGGCGGUGAGGCUCUGCGCUCCUACUGGGUGAAGUACCUGCCCAAGGCCCUGGUCCUCCUGUACGUGGUGGACUGCACUGACCAGGAGCGCUUCCCUCUGGCCAAGACCCACCUGCACGAGCUGCUCUCCUCAGACCCCCACCUGCCUUUAGUGGUGCUAGCCCACAAACAAGACUUGGCUGGAGCCUGCAGCAUCACGGACCUCCACGAGGCGCUGGAGCUGAGCAAAGUGGGGGAGGAGAGGAAGCUCUUCCUCAUCGGCACCUCCGUCACCAAGGGCCAGGAGCUCAGCGCUGGCAUCGAGGACGCACGAGACAUGCUCAUCCAGCUGGUCACAUCGGGCUGCUAAGGGCUGACAGUCGGGCAAGAGGCUCUGGGCCCCACAGUCGUGAGAGGUUUUAACCAAAGGUGUCAUUUCUCGGAUCCCAGCAAGAUGAUCGCAAAGGAAUUCGACACUGAUAAGUGUUUGAAUGUGUAGUCAUUUGAAUUAUGUUAGUUUUAGAGUUUCUCUGCACAAUUUCAUCAUGGGAUCGUAGAUUAAGAAUGCCUUCUUGACUAUUUUUUUUUUUUUUUUACGAGGAUGACCAAAACUAGGAAUUGAGCCAUGUCCCUAAGUGUUGUGUCCUAAAACAUCUUACUGUAGUGUUAUGUCAUAGACAGUAAUUAGUUCACCCGUUGCUAAGCCUUGCCAGGCAACCGUUGCUAUGCGUGCCAGGCUUUGGAUCCAACAGCGACCUUGGAUCAUUUAAAUUUCAAUUAAAUGUUUUAAUUAUUUUCACCUCUCAACCUAAACAUGUCGCCACCCUGUUUUGGAAUAUGAGGGAAAUAUCAGUGAGAUGUAUCUUGGGGAGACUCAAACAUUUGAAUGUUUCCUAAACGUCAUGAUCUGUUUUGUCACCAAUGUAGUGAGACUGAAAAUAGUGGCAGAUGUCUGCAAGGUGUAAGCAGAAUUUAGAAGCUGUUUCCACGUAGCCUGCUAUUUUUGUAAAGGCAUUGGUUUUGGCCUUCCGUCUCCACGUAGCCAGAGUUUUAAAAUCCACAUAUCAAAGAUCUGAAAAAUAUCCCAUUUAGGGGGCUAAGACGCACAUGUUACAAUGGGUUUUUUUUAUUUUUAUCCACAUGUUGCAUUUCCACCUAACAGGAGAAAAAAUAUCCACAUUUAAAAACUAUCCUGCUACGUGGAAACGGCACCUUAGUCUAUGUUGUUGAAGUUAACAUGCUGGUUAUUUUAUUCAUAUUACUUCAACAGCAUCCUGUAUAUUCCCUCUCAAGAACAAUGCUUUGGGAAUGGCCCAAACUUCUCUGCAUAGCAAUCUUAAUAGCAAACCUAAUAGGCACCUAAUGGCAAACCGAAUGUCUUGUUUUUCCAGAAUGUUUGAAAGGUCUAUAGUAACGGUUGCUAAGUAAGGAUUGGUCAGCAUUUUGGAAAAGCGUCUAAGAAAGGGUCAAUUUACUUUUAUUCAAGAGGAUGUUUUUUUUUUGUUUUUUGUUUUUUAAACCAUAUCAUCCAGAAUGUUCUGCAUGUAAAAAGAGAAAUUACCUUCCAUGCCACUGUAUAAUGUAGGGACAGUCAUGGUUUUGAAGAGAAGUACUAUGUUCAAAAAUGUUUCUUUCUGUACAGGCCUUUCUUUGGUUAUGGAGAAAUGUAUUUUUCUAUAUGGGUUACUGUAUUGACUUAUGGAGCGGGGAGGUGUUUAUUCCGUUUAUAGAUCGUGGGUACAUUUAAAACCCCUAAUUAUCAUUUUUAAAUUAAUUUUCCAUUUUUACUUUUUGUUUUGUUUUGCACUGUUGUGUUUGAGUGUGUUGUAUGUAAAACAAUGUGUAUAAAAGGGACUUGCACAAAAUUUGAUGUGACAAAAAGAAAGCACUCUAAGGAAAUCAUGCCAAAGUGUUCACUUUACAUGAUUAUUGACUGUUUACGUACAUAUCGGAUACACUUUUUUCGUUUGGAUGGCUGGUGGGCUGUGGUGUUCCGUUCAUGGCCCUCGUUGAUGGAGUAAAAGUCAUAACUCUACCAGCAUUAUCCUUCAUGUCUUCUAUGGCAGAAUGGAAAAGGACAUGGAAAAUACUGUAUUCUGUCCUAACAGAAAAUAUCAAAUAUAAGGAUCGCACCUGUCUUAUUUCAGGGUGUUUGGAAUGUCUGCUUGUGAGUUGUGUUGAAUUGUCUUUGUGUUUGUGGUACAAUAAACAAAAUAUAGUU